CAACACUUCAAGUCUGGUCUAUCCUCGCCUCCGAGUGCUUAUUAUGUCAUAGACAACGACUAAACGAAACACUUAUGUUCUUCGCUUAGUCUUCUAACCUCACAGAAUCCUACAACACCCCAUUUAAGGAAGGAGAGUUCCUCAAGUAAUGCUAACGAGGACAAUGCGGCUAGGCAUAGGUAUCGCAGCCGCGUUGACCAUAGUUAUUCCUCUGUUAUACCAAGCCAUACCGACGGAGCACAAGCCUGUAAGUUUGCUCCAUGAUGACGAUUUCUUAAGAAUGAAAGGCAGGAUGAGUCGCACGCCCGACUGGACGGCUUUCCGCGACAGGACCUUCGAGCCACUACUUGAGGCUUUCCGGAAGGUGGCGAAUAACUCUACGGGGCCGACGCCAGCUUUCAGGAGCGGUGCCAUCCCGAAGUUCCUGCUGUGGUCGGAGCCCUUCGAUGCCAACUUCUGGAUGGCCCAGACCGAUGACGUGCGCAAAGGGCGAUGCCCGCUUCCUUGCAACGUCACCUUCGACAAAAAGGAGGUGAAGAGCGCGGACGCCGUGCUCAUUUACAUCCGGUCUCUUCCGAAGCGGCCCCUGCAGCUGCCGGAGCUCGAACCCCGCGACCCCCGGCAGCCCUGGAUCGCGCUCAGCUUCGAGGCGCCUCCGAGAGCCAACAAGUACUUCUACGACGACUUCCACCUCCUCAACGGCGCCUUCAACCGCACCAUGCUCUACCGGCGCGACGCUGAUGUGGUCGUGCCGCACGGCUUCGUGGUCGGGCGCGGCGAGGAGGCAGACCUUCUGCCAGAGAUAUGGCAUAGCCCGCCUAUCUCUAGGGUCCCCUCCCGUGAGCGCAAAAUGGCGGUCACUUUUAUUUCGAACUGCCAAGCUGAAAGCGGCCGCUUGGAAUAUAUACAUAAGGUGCAAGAAUACAUUUCUGUGGACAUUUAUGGAAGGUGCGGCCCCCUCAAGUGCGGCCACUCAAUGUACGUUCAACACAGAUACAACCCCGUCAAAGACAAGUGCCUAAUGAAUGCUGGCAUGAACUACCUCUUUUACUUCGCCUUCGAAAACUCUUUGUGUAACGAGUACGUCACAGAAAAACUCUACAACAUACUGUUCUAUCCCAUAGUGCCAGUGGUUCUCGGAGCAGCGAAUUAUUCCACUCUGCUUCCACCCAAUUCAUUCAUUGAUGCUCGGGAGUUCUCGCCCAUACAGCUAGCGAGUUUGCUCCGCCGUCUGUCACAGUCGCCAGAGGAGUACCAGAAGUACCACGAGUGGCGCCAGCAUUACCACGUAUCCCUGUGGGGGGGACAAAGAUCCCUGUGCCACCUGUGCGUCCGCCUGCACGACCCCGCCUUCUACAGCACCCACGUCAUCCGCGAUUUCCAGGGCUGGUUUGUUAAUGAAUCUCGGUGCGGGUGGAACUAACAGGGCGCCAGGUUGCUGAUCGAAUUUUCAAGACAGAUUAUAUUCUCAGCGCUGGUUGUCAGUUCUGUUGCUGGCGAAGAUAGAUUUGUCCCUGUACAAUUUAUACGCUUGUGUAUAUAUGCAUUAUACAUAAAUACAUACAAACUACAGAGACAAACAGGCAGGCAAAUAGAUAGAUAGACAGACAAACAACCAGACGGAAAGAGAGACAAAGACAGGUGGCCGGUUUGUUAUACCUACCUAUAAACACAUACAAGUAUACAUAUAUAUACAUACAUAUAUAAGUGUGUGUGUAUAUAUAUAUGUAUAUAUAUAUACAUAUACAUUCAGUGACAGUGACAUUCUCAUUCUGACCAUGACCAUCACUACCAAUACUGUUAUUUACCAUGCGAAUAUUACCAGCAUUACAUUACAUCACAAUUAUUAUAACUGACCACUCCGUCGCGAAAUGCUAAUAUUAUAUCGAUCAAAUAAUGUGCCUUACAUGAAUUACGCAUAGAAUGUACUCCAUAAGAAAUACAAAAACAAAUUUGUAAUCUUAAUAUGUUGUUUUUAUACAACAUUUAUCAUGAUAUUGUUAUUGGCAUUGUCAUCAGCAUUAUAAUCGUCAACAACACCUAACCAUUGUGCACUGAUGUUACAUAUAUAUGUACAUAGGACAAAUCACCACAGGAUGAUGUUAUUAUUUUUUACUAUUCUUUGUAAUACAGAGCACAGAUAGGAAGAUGAUUAAUCCCGUCGCUAGACUGUCAAUUCCCUGUGGACAUUCGGAGGAAGGGAACAUCGAGGUAAAGCGAGUGGAUCCAAAAUGACUGAGGUUUGGAUCCUAGUAGGUCGGAAGUCUUUCAUGUGGCUACUCCUGUGGGUACAGUAACGUAAUUAGAAGACAUUAAUGUCGCAUUUCCAUACUACAACAGAUUCACAUGAAUUUCCACACUACAAUAUAUUCAUAAUAUCCUACCUUUCCUGAGGUCUCUCGAUUUUGGCCAAUCUCUGCUUCUGAAGGUGAUCCAGUCGAGCGCUCAGCUGCCGGACGCUAUCGAGCGCAGCGCCCAGGCUCUGGGAAUCCAACCUUUGCCCCAAGCUCUCCUUAGCCGGGAGGACCUUCUGCUCGCUCAGGCGCUGCUGCCUGUAAUAGUCAUCGGAAAACAGGAUUUUCUUGCUGUAUGAAGACCCUUCCGAAGUACUCACGUCCACCACACAACGACUGCCACUGGCGGCUGGAGCUGCCCUGGUGUCGUCCUGAACAUAAAAGAACAUACGGUACAGUACAAACACAACACCGUAUAUAUAAAUGUGCAGAAAUAAAUGUUUUGCAAUACAUGAUCACUAAAAAAUCAACUUACAUGAUAAAAUUGCUGCCUGAAGAAUGUGUAGAGCAUGCAGCAACUCACGAAGGCCAACGGAAGCGCGACGGACAAGGCCACCACCAACACUAGCAUCAAAGGCGACAUCUCCAUCAUGAAACAGACUAUGAGUUUAGCGAAGUAAGGCGAAACUGUUACUCAUUACAUGCUAAAUUCUGGUUAUAUAUGACCCUCGAGGACACAACCUUGUAAAACGGUAUUACGUUUGUUUGGUCGUUUGGAACUUCAGCUCCACGGGUAAGCUUCCCGCGUCGCCACGCGAGUAGGAGAGACUUCAUUUGAUGUUUUCACAUUUAAUGAUUAAAUAAGUUAUAUCUAUCUGUCUAUAUCUAUAUAUUUAUAUAUUUAUAUCUAUAUCGAUCUAUCGAUCCAUCUAUAUCGAUCUAUCGAUCCAUCUAUAUCGAUCUAUCGAUCCAUCUAUAUCGAUCUAUCGAUCCAUCUAUAUCGAUCUAUCGAUCCAUCUAUAUCGAUCUAUCGAUCCAUCUAUAUCGAUCUAUCGAUCCAUCUAUAUCGAUCUAUCGAUCCAUCUAUAUCGAUCUAUCGAUCCAUCUAUAUCGAUCUAUCGAUCCAUCUAUAUCGAUCUAUCGAUCUAUCGAUCCAUUUAUAUCGAUCCAUCUAUAUCGAUCCAAUCAUAUCUAUCUAUCUAUAUCUUUAUAUUUAUAUCUAUAUCGAUCUAUCGAUCCACCUAUAUCGAUUGUGUGUGUGAUCCAUUUCGGUUUAUUCGUCUGGAGACUAACUCGUGAAGAGUUCGAAACAUUAAGAUUUUUAUUAAUUUCUUACUGUGGGGGAUGGCCGGCCCAUCCCCCCCACUACGUAACCUCAGGGUGCAGGAUUCCCUGGGAGGGCUUUGCCCUGCACCCGUCAUAACAGGCUCGUCGUCCUGAUCAGGUAAGCCCCUGGUCAGGACACCGAGCCAGGGAUCAGGAACCCCCGGCCACAAAUCGGGGUCGAAGUCACCUCCUCCAGGAUGGCUCUGACCCUUUCUCUUCUUACUUGUUUUGUCUGCUGGUAAAGGGUUUUUACGGGACCGGGUUGCCAGCCCGACCCCAACUGCUAGCUAGGGGCAGGGACGCAGAACUGCCUCGGGACAGAUUGCCCUGCUACCCCAAUCCAUCUAUAUCGAUCCAUUUAUAUCGAUCCAUCUAUAUCGAUCCAUCUAUAUCGAUCCAUCUAUAUCGAUCCAUCUAUAUCGAUCCAUCUAUAUCGAUCCAUCUAUAUCGAUCCAUCUAUAUCGAUCCAUCUAUAUCGAUCCAUCUAUAUCGAUCCAUUUAUAUCGAUCCAUCUAUAUCGAUCCAUCUAUAUCGAUCCAUUUAUAUCGAUCCAUCUAUAUCGAUCCAUCUAUAUCGAUCCAUUUAUAUCGAUCCAUCUAUAUCGAUCCAUCUAUAUCGAUCCAUUUAUAUCGAUCCAUCUUUAUCUAUCUAUCUAUCUAUGUGUGUGUGAUCCAUUUCGCUGUAUUCGUCUGGAGAGGAACUCGUGAAAGUUUCGAAACAUUAAGAUUUUUAUUAAUUUCUU